AUGCUCUCGUCAAGCACGGAUAGCUUCAAGUGUGGUGGGAACAGGUUCCCAGCUCUAGUCGAGCCGACAUUUCUCCGCCUCGUCGUCGCGUUCCUGCGCCUGCAGACCAGCAAAAUUCAAUGGCCAUCUCUAGUUGCGCCAGGCCCCACCCUUCGUCCUAAAGUCAAGGUCCCCAUCCAAGCAACUUCGCAAAAAGUCAACUUCCGAUCGAUUUUCAAUGUCUCUUGCACGGUCAGCCAGUGUGCCAGGUGGUCUCACGAUCAAUACGGGCGCCGCCAAUUCCUUGUAAGCCUCCCGCGUCCUCGAACCCUCGGAGCCUUGGCCCCUUUGCCUGUUCCUAUGCCGUCUUCCUUUCUUUGUGGAAAGAUCUUUCUUGUCCUACGCUUGGCAAUAGGUCUGCAGGGUUUGUUGAAGUUUGCCAUUGCUGACAAGGGUUCCUCCAGAGGCACAUCAACAAUCCAGCCAUCAGCGCCUACUGGGUUGUUUGGGUCCGGAAGCACGUCUGCUAACCCAGCAACUUCGACGACCGGCGGAAUGGCGACCACUGGAAGUAUAUUUGGAGGCGCACAGCAAAAGACAGGGACUGGCUUGUUUGGUUCCUCGACGACGGCCGCUCAACAACCUAGCACUACCGGAGGAUUGUUUGGAGGUGCGGCAAGCAAUCAACAGACUCAACAGGCCACCACGACUGGCGGUGGUGGACUGUUUGGCAGCACGGCGACAGGCCAGCAACAGUCUCAGCCAGCCAGCGGAGGCCUUUUCGGCAGUAAUCCUACUGCGACGCAACAACAGCAACAACCGCAACAGACAGGUGGCGGCCUUUUUGGCUCUGGAACAGCCAACACUCAGUCUACUACCACCGGAGGUGGCCUCUUCCAACAGUCACAGGCAAACCCGUCAGGGGGUCUAUUAAUUGUUUCGAAAACGCGUAGCGGCCAAUCACAGCCCCAGCAAACUCAAGCAACAAGUCAAGUACCAGCAGUUCAAAUCAACUAUGAUAAUCUUCGGCCUCGGACAAGGUUUGAUGAUCUUGCCAAACCUGUUCAAGACGAAAUAGCUCUCAUAGACAAAGGAAUCCAGCGUGUAAUCAAGAUGAAGGAUGAGAUUGGAGAAUUCAUGCCGCAACACGAGAAGGAUAUUGAACAACUAGGGCGAGAUGUCAAGUUUGUGGAAACAAAGUUCAAGACGGUUCAAGUCGCUCUCAACCAGGACAUCCAAACUGUCAAAGUGUUGCAAGACAUGACAAAGAAGAGCAUAACAGAUGCUCAACUCUCAUUUAAGGCGACCGACAACCUCAAGCUACCCACGCAUUAUCAUCAGACCGGCCUUUUUGCUGGACCGACGUCGUCCGCAGACUCCAAUGGAACCGACGCCGCCUCCGCGCAUGCCAACGCGCAGGAUCUUAUCACGUAUUUCAAUCGGAUUUGCGAUGAUGUGGAAAAAUACAAGAAGAGGCUGGAUGAAUAUCGAGGUGAAAUCGAACGGGACAUGCCCGGCGUGGAGAAUGGGCUCUACGAGCAAAUUCGGAGUCUACGGGACCGCAACGCUGCUGUUGGUGGUGCCGUCCAAGAUCAGCUUGGACAGGUGCUGUCGGCACUGCGGGAGACGGGAAAUGCAAUUGUUGCACAGGCAGGGCAGAUUGCUGAUACCCGCGAGAGGCUUUCAAGAUUACAGGCGGGCAUCCUCGACAGUGGUGUUUAUGCCAUAGGAAUGGCCGGAUGA